UUUGUGUUGGAUCAAAUUCAAAACCCAUUUAAAUUCACCAUCACUUUGUAAGACAAACGCAUCAAAUUUUUUCAAAGUUCUCAAUAAACAUCAUUAAACAUCUGGAAAUUAUACGUCUUUUCAUUAAUUAAGAACAUUUUUUACGUUUUUUGAAUUUACUCUUUGUCAGUUUAGGGGGAUAUUUUUUCAGUCUUUUGCAUAGUAUCUCAAAUAAAAAGAUCAUAAAGUCUCUGCAAUUCAUUAAGUACACUUUUAAUUGAUUAAGAACACUUUUUUACACUAUUAGAAUUUUAUCGGUCAAUUCAGGCGGAAAUUUGUUCAAUUUUAUGGCAAAUUUGAAUUGGAUGUUGAGAAGAUUAAGAAGACGAAGAAAUUGGAUUAUUUAGGGUUGAAUAUCUGGUGACUUUGAGGUUUGUUCGUAUAGCAAAGGUUUAUACAAUACAGACUGAGGUCGAAAAUAUGGAGGUUAGGGUUUGUAGUCCAGCUGGUGAUAUAUGGAGGAGAAAUAUUGCUGUAGGUAGUGGUCCUGGUGGAGGAGGUGAGAGAAAGUACAGUCAUGAAAGCGAGCAUGAUUUGGCGGUAAUGGUGAGCGAUUUUUUGGAAAAUACUGGAAGCUAUGGUGCUGAUUCUUGGUGUAGUAGUGAUAGAGAAUCUGGUUUCUCCGAUCUUCAUCACCUUGCCGAUAAGAUUUCGCGCUCCUUGGAUCAGUAUGAGAGUGACCUGCAGGCUGUGGUUCAGUGUCUCUUACUUUCGAUGGGUGGAACUGAUUUUCAGCUUGUCAAGACUGGUAUAUGUAAUGGGAGCUGUAUCCGUUAUGCUUUGGCGAAGCUUCUCAAAUCAUCGGGAUACAAUGCUUCUGUCUGUGUUUCAAAAUGGCAGGGAUGUAACAAGGUUCCUGGAGGUGAUCAUGAAUAUAUUGAAGUGGUGAAUUACUUAAAUGAUGGAAGCAUGGAACAUGUGAUAAUUGACAUUGAUUUCCGAAGCCACUUUGAGAUCGCCCGAGCUGUUGAAUCCUAUGACAAGAUUUUAAAAUCUCUUCCUGUUGCUUUUGUUGGCUCAUUGACGAAAUUAAAACAGUUUCUUCAAGUUAUGGCUGAAGCUGCCAGCGUUUCUCUGAAGCAGAAUUCUAUGCCACUUCCUCCAUGGAGAUCCCUCGCUUAUUUACAAGCUAAGUGGCAUUCGCCUGAUCAGAUAAGAACUACCCCGGAGGAACAUACAAUAAAUUGCUCUUCAAUCACCAGCCAUAAACAAUGCUAUGGUCUAUUAAGGCAAUUGCAGUCUGCCCUUCAGUCGGAAAUUGGAGCCGAUCGGUUAUUGAAGCCUUUAAACGCUGAUAGGACAACCUCUGCAUUCAGGGCUCUUUAAGCUGUAUAAGCUACAAAAGUUUUUGCUGCGGGAAUUGUGAUUUACGUUGAGAUACUUUUUUUCCAUUUUUUUUCUAAACCUUACAAAAACCCAAUUAUUUUUCCCGAUAUUAAACAACAAUCGUCAUUUGACAUAAGAUGUGGUAAUGUUCUAUGCUGAUUGAGACUAUCCUAUGGCAAUGUUUCACCUUUACUUGGGUGUGCGAUGAUAAUGAAAACCAGGAGUACAUGUAGCAAACCCCAUGAUAUUGGAAUCGAUGUUUUGGUACUGUUAUGAUUUGGCGACAAUCGUCAAGGUGAUCGCUCAGGACCUCAACCACAUCAUAUUGGCUAUUGGCUUUCAUUCCACGUUCAGAGCUCUGUGUAUGUGUUCUUGUAUCUCAUUAUUGGGAAUCCCUUUUGUACUGAAGCAUCCUUGAUUCUUUUUUUUUUUAUUGCGAUUCUUUUCCCUUUGUUUUUGAUACCAUCAAUUGUAUUCCUGGACCGUCAUUUUUAGGUUCCCAGGAAAUUUUGUUACUUUUUAAAGAAUAUAAUCUUCAUUUACUAAUUUAUUUAUUCGUAUUUUGAUUUCUUUUUGGGAAUGUACAUAAUGUUCAUUUUCAAUGACAGUCUUGUCAAUAAAGUUGGCAGUUGAUUCACGUUAUUCACACAGUGGUUUGUUUAUGGAAUGGGAUCUAAGUAAACGCGUUAGGUUAAGUUAAUCGUAAACUACGCAAGUUCGUAAAGAACAAAGAUCGACAAAUUUCUU